GAACAGGAUCUGCUCAAAGAGACAUUCCUCGAGACGUCGCCCAUACUGUUGGGCCUAACGGUGUUGGUGUCCAUCACUCACUCCGUGUUUGAGUUCUUGGCCUUUAAAAACGAUAUCCAGUUCUGGAAGAACCGGCGUUCGCUGGAGGGCCUGUCGGUGCGGUCGGUGUUUUUCAACGUGUUCCAGUCGGUGAUAGUGUUGCUGUACGUGUUGGACAACGACACCAAUAUGGUUAUUAGGGCGUCGGUAGGCAUAGGACUGCUCAUCGAGUUGUGGAAGAUUAAGAAAGUGGUCAAC